CAUUAGUCGUCGUUCCACAGCAGCUGGAAGAGUUUGUACUUUCAAAAAAUCAAUUCCACAAUGAAGUUCCUUGCUAUUUUCGGCCUGAUAUUUGCCCUGCUGGGCCUAACCCUGGCCUUGAAGGAUCCCAUCUGCGAGCUUGAGGCUGGCGUCGAUGGUAAUGGUCUGAUCAAGUGCGCUGCGUUCAUGCCAAAGUGGAGCUACUACGCCGACAGCAAUCAGUGCUCGGAGUUCGUCUAUGGCGGCUGCGGUGGCAACGAUAAUAAAUUUGGCAGCCAAGCGGAAUGUGAGGAAAAGUGCAAGGAAUAACUAAUCCCCUACCCCAUUUCGACUCUGAUAUGAUUUACAUAUUAGAAAUAGAAUAAAGUGUUUUAUUGAA